UUUGCAGAGUAGACUCUCCUGUUUUGUUUUUUUUUUUAAUCAUGACAACUUCAGCCUUCCUCCAAUCCUGUUUUCCACCAUCUUUCAAAGUCACAGGCUCACCAAUCUCACGCGCGGGAGGUUCUAACCCGGGUCUAACAGCACGGGGAAUUCAAGCAUCAUUUUGCCCUCGCCACGCCCACACGUAGGCCACGCCCCUUCUGGUUUCUGAGAGCAGGAGGGAGGGCUUCCCACCCGGCUCCGGGGAAAACACAUCCGACACACCCACGAGACAGGAAGUCCUGCCCUUUCCCUGGAAGGAGGACGAACGCGAGAGGUAUAUGAACCAAUCAACAGCGCUAGGCCGAUGCCGGAAGUAAGUUCUAGGGGCGGGACUACCUUUCCGGAAAUGGCUGUUGUGGGUGCUCUGCUCCUCCGUGCUAACCCACACGGAGAGCUAUGUCCGUGGAACUGGGCCGGCGCCGGGGCGGGCACCACUUCGACGGUCGGAUGAGGGGCUGCCGAGGAUGAAGGCGAAGCGCUUAUCUGGGCCCUGGCACGGGCCCGCCGCCAUAUUCGGCGUCGCCCUGGCGGCCCGUGUCGCCCUGGUCUUCUACGGCCUCUACCAGGACCGGACGCUGGUGGUGAAGUUCACGGACAUCGACUACCGGGUGUUCACGGACGCGGCGCGCCUGGUGACGGAGGGCCGCUCCCCCUACCAGAGAGCCACGUACCGCUACACGCCGCUGCUGGCCUGGCUCCUCACGCCCAACGUCUACCUCUCCGAGCUCUUCGGCAAGUUUCUCUUCGUCACCUGCGACCUGCUCGUGGGCUUCCUCAUGCUCCGCCUGCUGCUCCUGUCCGGCUUGAGUCCCCACCAGGCCUGCGCCUCCUGCGCCUGGUGGCUGCUCAACCCGCUGCCCUUGGUGGUGUCCAGCCGGGGCAACGCCGAGUCGGUCAUCGCCUCCCUGGUCCUGACCACCUUGUACCUUCUCGAGAGGAAACACGUGGCUACGGCCGCGGUGGUCUACGGCCUGGUGGUGCACAUGAAGGUGUACCCGGUGACCUACGGCCUUCCCAUAGUCCUCUCUUUGCAGACCUCCCACGGCGAGGCGGAGGGGCACAGCUUCAAGAAAUGCCGCCUGGCUCGGGUCUGGGCACUGGCUCAGGGGCUGUGGAAUCGGGAUGUGCUGCUUUUCGGGGUCGUUGCUGGACUCACGUUUUCUGCCUUGGGCUUAGGGUUUUAUUACAAAUACGGCUGGGAAUUUCUGGAACACACUUACCUCUAUCACUUAACCAGGCGAGACAUCCGACACAAUUUUUCCCCGUACUUCUACAUGCUCUAUCUGACAGCAGAGAGCAAAUGGAGUUUUUCACUCGGACUGGUAGCGUUUCUGCCGCAGUUGUUGUUACUUGUAGUUGUGUCGUUUGCUUAUUAUAGGGACCUGGCUUUUUGUUGUUUUCUCCACACUGCCAUUUUUGUGAGUUUUAAUAAGGUUUGCACUUCCCAGUAUUUUUUAUGGUACCUCUGUCUGCUACCUCUUGUGAUGCCACAAAUAAGGAUGUCCUGGGAGAGAGCUGUACUCCUCCUUGGACUGUGGUUUAUGGGACAGGCAUUAUGGCUGGCUCCUGCUUACUUCCUUGAGUUCCAAGGGAAAAACACUUUUUUGCUCAUUUGGUUAGCUGGUUUGCUCUUUCUUUUUAUUAACUGUUAUAUAUUGGUUCAGAUUAUUUCUCAUUAUCAGUUGAGAAAGUUGGGUAAGAAAAUCAAAUCUCAGUAAUGGGUAAUAUUGAUGACAUGGGGUUUCUAUGAUUUAUGCCCAUCAUAUGGGCCAUAAAGUGCUUUUAAAAUGUUAUAACUUAAGCUUUGAGCAUUUUUAUCACUCCCCAAAAUGCCCAUUUUGGGUCACAAAACUCAAUUUAAGCCAGAAAUCUGAAGUAGAAUGGAGAGAGAAACCUGUAAAGAUUGUUGUUUCUUGAUCCAACUCCUUUGGAGAAUACUAGUAAUGGAAAGUUACACAUUUGAAUACUGGAUGUCCCAAAAGUCUUAGUGCAGUGUUAAGAUUUGUGACACCUUGUAACGGUUGAAUGAAUGUGUUUUCAGUUGCUAAAGAAAUUCUUGGUAGAAAAAAUAGGAAUCAUUUACUGCAAAAUUCAUACCAUUUGGAGUUUUGCCCAAAUUUAAUAAGCCCAGUGAGUCUGUUAUCUUAAAUUUUAACCUCCAAGUAUUCUCUCUUGUAAAGUGGAAUUAGCAGUCACCAGCCUGACAGAGUUGUGGUAACAAGUGUUAAAUAAAACACUGUUUGGUUAGGUAAAAUAGUUUUUCUUUUAAAUAAAAUUGAGUGUGUGUUUGCAGGGCAGAGAUGAUGAUUAAAACAUUUAAAUUGUCGAGUGGACCUUUCCCUCUGACUUGUAGCUGAACUGCUAAAGCCUAUUUGUGUCAUCUUUCCAUAUUAGAAGGUGAACUUGAGAGCUUGGAUUGUUGUGUUUUUCUUUUUGUAGCUCUGAGCUUAGUACUAUUGUAAGUGCUUAAUGAAUGCUUUUUCAUUUGUUAAUCAAGUUGUUUCAAUGCUUGUUUGGUUUGGUUUGUUACUGGGUCUUUUAUGCACUGUAACACUAGUGUUAUUGGCAUGUAAUUAAUUUUCAAUGUACAAAGAAAAAUUGCUGCAUAUUUAAAUCUGUGAGGAAAAACUUUUAUUUUUGUAACACAUCUUUAUAUAUUCAGAUAUAUCUAUUCUUCAGGCUUUUGUAUUUGUGUAUUUCUGGAGAAGGGCAGUGGUACAAAUAAACUUCUUUAGGGAUGUUUUACAGAAUGAGCCUGUAGCACAUUUUUAGUUCUUUAUAGUUAAAAAAACCCCUUUUUCUUUUAAAAGAAAGUUAAUAUCUAAAAUGUUUAUAGUUUGAAUGGUAAAAACUGCAUAGUUUUAAAUGAUGUUUACAAAGAUAAGCACAAUUUUACUUAUGACCUUUAGUUUAUAUGAAUGAGAUGGAUUAACUGGCCAGUAGAGGGCUGACUUCCACAAGAGAGUAGAAAGUAUUCUGAGUCAUCCUGUUACUUUUUUAUUGAGUGCCAGAAAAUUUCUCCAUUUAAAUUAUGUUACAAAUGGUUGUCAAGAGUCCCAAGCCAGUGAAUUAAAAACCCGUUGAAGUUUCAGUAUAGCUCUAGUAGUAAGAGUUCAGGAUGGCACAUAGGUUAUUUUCAACACUAAUCUAGGCUAUCUACUUGCUGUAACUGGCAAACAUUCAUUUCCUUGAAUAAAAUCAGACUACAUAUGAACAUAUCUAGAAGUCUUGGCUCUCUAAUUAUCAAUUCCAUUUACAUAAAAGAAACCGUACCUUUUAUAGUGUUAAUUUAAAAAAAUGCCUUGCAGCAUUCCUAAGGAUUAUUUGAAGCCAGUUCAUCCACAAAAGGAUUUCCAACCUUUCUACCCAUCAAAUUAUUCUGUCAGUCUGCCAAAUAUUCCUAUAUCUCACAUAAUAAAUCAUUAUAACAUCUAUUCACAGUGAACAUGAAAGAAUCUAAUAUAGAACCCUCAUGGGGUCACAAUUUUAAA